AUGAAUAAGACAAACUGUGUCAACAUCUCAAGUAUGCUUCAGAACUCCAUUCCCAAGGAGGACGACAUUUUCAUCCGGCGUUGCAUAUGGGUUAACGGCCCGGUCAUCGUCGGGGCCGGACCAUCGGGCCUAGCUGUUGCCACCUGCCUGAAACGCCAAGAAGUUCCAUUUAUAAUCCUAGAGCGAGCUAACUGCAUAGCUUCUCUGUGGCAAAACAGAACAUAUGAUCGUCUCAAGCUUCAUCUCCCUAAACAAUUCUGCCAAUUGCCCAAUCUACCCUUCCCAGAAGAUUUCCCGGAGUAUCCAACCAAGUAUCAGUUCAUCGAGUACCUUGAGUCCUACGCAAGCCACUUUGGUAUCAAUCCCAAGUUCAACGAGACUGUUCAGUCAGCUAAAUAUGACGAGAGGUUUGGGCUGUGGCGUGUCAAAACUGUUUCGAGAAGCGGCAUGCUUGGCUCUUGUGAGUUCGAGUAUAUUUGCAGGUGGCUCGUGGUGGCGACGGGAGAGAAUGCUGAGAAAGUGGUGCCGGAGUUUGAGGGUUUAGAAGAGUUUGGUGGCGAUGUUCUUCACGCUGGCGAUUAUAAAUCCGGCGAGAGGUACCGUGGAAAACGAGUUCUUGUAGUUGGAUGUGGAAACUCCGGCAUGGAAGUCUCUCUCGAUCUCUGCAACCACAAUGCAAGUCCAUCAAUGGUCGUUCGUAGCUCUGUUCAUGUGUUGCCGAGAGAGAUUCUUGGGAAGUCGACAUUCGAAAUAGGUGUAACAAUGAUGAAAUGGAUGCCAGUUUGGCUAGUGGAUAAGACUCUGCUCCUUCUCACGAGGUUGAUCCUGGGGAAUACCGAUAAGCUUGGGCUUAAGAGGCCGGAAAUGGGACCGUUAGAGCUGAAGAAUACCGCCGGUAAAACUCCCGUCUUAGACAUAGGAGCCUUUUCUAAAAUCAAAUCGGGAAAGAUCAAAAUCUUCCCGGGAAUCGUCAAGUUUGGCCCGGGAAAGGUGGAACUCGUGGAUGGCCGAGUUCUAGAGAUCGAUUCCGUCGUUCUUGCCACUGGUUACCGAAGCAAUGUCCCUUCGUGGCUUAAGGAGAACGACUUGGCGGAGAUUGGGAUAGAGAAAAGCCCGUUUCCAAAAGGGUGCAAAGGGGAGGCUGGAUUGUAUGCGGUGGGAUUCACGAGAAGAGGACUCUCAGGUGCGUCGCUUGAUGCCAUGAGUGUGGCUCAUGAUAUUGCUAAUCGCUGGAAAGAAGAAACUAAGCAACAGAUUAAAACCAUUGCUGCUCGUCACCGUCGUUGUAUCUCACACUUUUGA